GCGCACCGCCUUCGUUAAUUUCCCACCCCUCUCAUCGAAAAAGGCCUAAAAUUCGAGAUCUUCUUCUAGCCCUAGCCCUAGGUCCAAUUCCAAAUUAGGGUUUUAUUUGUUUUUUUCUUUUGCUCUCAACCGAGAAAUAAAAAGCUCUAAACUUGAAAGCUCUGAACCUUUUUUGGCGCUUGGCCGCUCAAGCCCAAUUACUCCCCUUUGCUUCUUCUUCGUCUUCCUCCUUUGCGCUUCCCUCUGGUACCCAAAAUUCAAAAUAUUAUGUUUUUUAACUCCUUCAAUUUCAGAAUAAGGUGUUAUAUAUCUAAAACCUAGUUUUGGAUCUGCUGUUCGUGUUUAUUGUCGGUGAAACGAGGAAUAUUACAUUAAGAUGGAGACUGCAAUUAUUCCUGUUACCCCUAACAUGCCUGUUACACCAAUUACUCCUACUGAUAACAGUGAGCCACUUAAUUCUGAAGUACAGCCCAAUAAACGUAGGAGGAAGAAGUCUAUUGUCUGGGAUCAUUUUACUGUGGAGACUGUAGGAGAUGGAUGCAUCCGGGCCUGCUGUAACCAGUGCAAGAAAUCAUUUGCAUACAUUACUGGUUCAAAGCUAGCUGGUACGAGCCACCUCAAAAGACACAUUGCCUUGGGAAUCUGUCCAGUAAGCAGGCAGAGAAAUCAACAGACACCAGACUCUAAAGCUGGUAAUGCUACUGAAGAACCAAGAAAAAGAUACAGAGCUACUCCUGGAUUUGCAAAUAACCUUUUUAACCAGGAACGGUGCAACCAUGAGGUUGCUAAGAUGAUUAUAAUGCAUGAGUAUCCCCUCCACAUUGUGGAACACCCUGGUUUUAUUGGAUUUGUUCGGACUCUUCAACCCCAGUUCAAUACGAUGAGCUUUAACACUAUUCAAGGUGAUUGUGUCGCUAUGUUCCUGAAAGAGAAGCAAAGCCUCAUCAAUUUUAUCAGUGAAAUUCCUGGACGGGUCAGCCUUACAUUGGAUUUGUGGACUUCAAAUCAAACUGUUGGCUAUGUUUUCAUAACGGGUCAAUUCAUUGAUACAGAGUGGAAUUUGCAUUGCUGCCUGCUUAAUGUAGUCAUGGUACCUUCUCCUGAUUCAGACAGUGCCUUACAGCAAGCUGUUGUGUCUAGCCUAUGUGAUUGGCAUUUGGAGAACAGGCUAUUUGCCCUCACUCUUGACCAGUCCUUCUCAAAUGAAAACAUAAAUGGAAAUCUCAGAGCUCUUUUUUCUGUCAGGAACCCUUAUAUGUUUCAUGGUCAGUUAUUGGUUGGAAAUUGCUUUGCUCGUGUUGUAAGUAUUCUUGCACAAGAGGUGCUAUGGGCUGUGGGGGAAACGGUGAAAAAAGUACGGGAAAGUGUCAAGUUUGUGAAAACCUCCGAUACGCAUGAAGAGACCUUUUUUCAUCUAAGGGAACAGCUUAAAGUCCCUAGCACGAAAGACAUAUUCAUUGAUGACCAAACAAAAUGGAAUACAACAUAUGACAUGUUGGUGGCUGCCUGUGAACUAAAGCAAGUAUUUCUUUGCUUGGAGACCUCUAUUCCCGAUUACAAGAUAGCCCCAUCAAUAGAUGAUUGGAAGCAAGUAGAAAUUAUCUGCAAUUACUUGAAGCUUUUCUUUGAUGCUGUCAGCAUUCUAACUGGCCCAGCAUACCCGACUGCCAGUGCAUUCUACCAUGAAGUGUCAAAAGUUCAAUUAGAGUUGUCGCAUGCAGCAAUGAGCAAUGACCCCUUUGUCAGCAACUUGACCAAACCUUUGAAGGAGAAGUUUGAUAGAUACUGGAGUGAUUGCUUCUUAGUUUUGGCAAUUGCUGUGGUAAUGGAUCCAAGAUUCAAAAUGAAGCUUGUUGAAUUUAGCUUCUCUAGGAUAUAUGGCGAGGAUGCUGGAAUGUGGAUUAAGAUUGUUGAUGAUGGUAUCCAUGAGCUCUACCUUGAGUAUAUUGCACAGGCGCUUCCUCCACCUGAAACAUUUAUGGAAGAAGGGAAUGGGGGCAUCACCCCUGAAGGGACUGGGAGCAUCACCCCUGAAGGGAAUGGGGGCAUCACCCCUGAAGGGAAUGGGGGCAUCAUCCCUAAAACCGAACCUCCUGAAGAAGUAUACUGUCAAGAAGUAUCCCAUGAAGACGUAGCUCAUCAAGAAGUAUCCCAUGAAGACAUAGCUCAUCAAGAAGUAUCCCAUCAAGAAGCAGCUCAUCAAGAAAUAUCCCAUCAAGAAGUAGCUCAUCAAGAAAUAUCCCAUCAAGAAUUAGCUCAUCAAGAAAUAUCCGAUCCAGAAGUACCUUCUCAAGAUCCCCUUAUUUCUAUUGGAGAUGGACUUUCAGAUUUUGAGGUCUAUAUUUCUGAGAUCAGUGGUAGCCAGCAGAUGAAAUCAGAAUUGGAUCAAUAUCUUGAAGAGUCUCUUUUGCCUCGGGUACAAGAUUUUGAUAUUUUGGGUUGGUGGAAACUAAACAAGACAAAGUACCCUACUCUCUCAAGGAUGGCUGCUGACAUUUUGUCAAUACCAUUUUCUACUGUUGGUCCAGAUUCUGUCUUUGACACUGAGAGAAAAAGGAUGGAUAACUACCGCAGUUCGUUACGUCCAGUGACACUCGAAGCUCUCAUUUGUGCAAAGGAUUGGCUCCAGUAUGGAGCAUUACAGAAUGCAAAUGUGAAACCGGAAUUCUAGGUGUAGGUUUCCUUUUCAUCUUUCAUAGGAUACAGUAGUCUUAUAGUCUUUAGGUCUCUUAGUGCUGUCUCGUGUCAUUAUAAAUUCUCUUCCCCCUCAGAGAUGGUUUACAGGAUUCAGGUUAGCUGCUAGUCAUGAUUCUUGGAUUCAGUGAAUCAGUUCCUUUGAUUAACUUAAUUUUCCUUUAUGGUUAUGGUGUUUUAUUAGCUCCUCUCUUUUGACGCAUUUAUUGUUCUUUUUUUGUUUACAUAACAGAUCUACUGAUGUAUGUAACUUGCUUACAAUUUAUUGAGUAAUUAGUAGCCUUGGCACAGCUAUUUUUAGACC